GUAGAGAAUAUUUACAAGUUUUGCAUCAGCCGAUGCAGCCAGCCGAACGAAGUGACAGCUAGGCUACGUCUUUUAACAAAACUUCUUUUUUGACACUGAUAAUGGCGACCGUAAGAAUAAUUGUUUUGUCGUUAUUCGUUUUAUUUCUUCCUCACAUCAAAUGCUGGAAUGAAGGAGCUGUGUUGCUGCGCGAUGUUCAGGUUCUCACUUUGUACAAGGGACGAUACACCACAGCUAGGCGCUCAAGUCCCGUGCCGCAGCUGCAGUGUGUUGGAGGAUCGGCGGGUUGCGGAGCUUUCAUCCCUGAAGUGGUCCAGUGUCAAAACAAAGGUUGGGAUGGAGUUGACGCUCAGUGGGAGUGCAAAGCAGACAUGGACAAUGCCUACCGGUUUGGACGUGUCGAGGUGAGCUGCGAAGGCUUCAACCAGCCUUCCGACCCCUACGUCCUCAGUGGCUCCUGUGGGCUGGAGUACACUCUGGAACUGACGGAGGAAGGCCGCAGCCGACGCUCCCACCAGGGCUGGGGUGGUGGAGGAGGAGGAGGAGGAGCAGGAGCAGCAGGAGCAGGAGGAUGGGGCUCCAAUGGCGGCGGCUUCUCCGGGUUUGCAUCCAGCUUCUUCAACGGCUUCUCGGGCAACAAGCACCAGCAUCAUGGGGGUCAGCAGCAGAGAGCCGGCUCGGGAUACGGGCAGCACCCAUCAGGGGACGGAGAGGGCGCCGGGGGCCUGAUUGGCGUAGUUCUGUUGCUGGCGCUGGCAUAUGGCGUGUACAAAAUGUUCCUGUGUGGGCCGACACAUGGGCAAGGCCAAGGGCAGGAGCGUUUCCCCAACGAUGGAGACCGGCAAAAUGGCCAGGGGGGUCCUAACGGCCCUCCUCCUCCAGGGUUCAAGCCAGAUUACAUGGGGGCAGACCACUCCACUGGGGGUCAGGGCUACCCGGGGUCAGGUCCUAGCUAUGGCUUUGCUGACCAGUUCACCAGACCACAACAUGGCCCCCGUCACAACAAUAAUGGGCAGUUUUGGAGUGGCAUGGGCACAGGAGGAAUCGCAGGAGGAAUUCUGGGAUACCUUUUUGGAAAUCGGCGUCAACCAACCACUGGUCAUUCUUGGGGAACAAACAACACCCACAACACCCACAACACUCCCAGGACCCCACCACCAAGCUCCGGAACACGGACUGCCUCUGGAUUUGGUGGCACCAAAAGGCGAUGAGAUGUUGAGGACAAUGAACUUAAUGGAACAUAUUUUGCAAUAUGACCACUUCAUGUGAGAAGUAAUUUUUAAUGUGAUAUUAGCUUUUCAACAGAGGCACCUUACAGUAGGUUGGGUAGAAAGAAAAAUGUGUGAAAAAAAGGCCUGUAGCCUUACAGUAUGGUUAUGGUUAUGGCUAUUCAAACAAUAACUUAAUGAAAAUAAGCAAUGAAAGAGAUAUGGUUGAGGGUUCUAAAUGCUAUAUUGUCUCCAAGAAAAAGCCCUAAUGUAAAAUGGUCACAGUUUUACUCUAAUGCUGUGAACGGUUACGGUUAUAUCAACACCAGGGCCAGCAUUUUUACUGCACUGAUGUGGACACUGGAAUUGUUUGCAGGAUUAUCCAACAUGCAGUUGUUGUUUUUUUUACUGUGGUGUGCAUAGCAUACAGGUUGUUAAAUGGCUUGAUUUGUCGCUAUAUCAUGAGGGUCCAAUGCUUUACGACCUGAAACUGAGUGAAAAAAAAAAGAAUAUAAAAAAUAUUUUUGUUUUGAAAGACAAGAAGAGGGCAAUUUACACUCCAAAUUUAAAUGAGUGAAUUUGAAUCUGUCUGUUUUGCUGUGACUUUUCAAUGUUUUACAGAAUAUAUAAAUUAGUAGUCCUGAUUUGUGGAAAAAAAGACAGCUGCAGACCAAUUGAGAAAUAUUUAUGAAUAUAUGUCAUGCGAUAUGUCUCAUUAUGUUAAGAUGCAUCUAAAAGUUAUCUUAAACUAAAUUAGGUAUUGCAUGAUAAUAUUAAAAUAAUAGGUAUGACUUGACAUACAGUAUUUAUCAUCUGAAAUGGAAAUUUGCAUCACAGGUCAAAUGUGAGUAAGGAACAUUGGCGUCCAUUUUGUACAUAUUUGGUUGGACAUUUUCCAAAUGUUGCACCAAUCUGUGUGGCCCUCAUGCAAUUGUAAGCAGCUCAGUGUGUUUGUGUGCAAUGAUCUUUCUUCGACCAUGUUUCCUCUAUAAUUGUCCUCAUUAUAUUGCAUCCUUUUAAAAAAUAUCAUAUUUUUAUGUAUGUUUUGUGAGUUUGAUAUAAAUAAAAAAAAUCUUUGUUGAUUUAUACAA